UGUUUUUGUUUGUUUGUUUGUUUGUUUUUUUUUUUUUGUUUUUGUUAUUUUGGAUUGAAUUAUGAGUAAUAUCCUGUUCCAAGCUCACUUGGCUAUGAAGUUUGCCUUUAUGGUGUCCUGAACUGCAACGGGUUGUUUGUUGCUGUCAUGUUUCAAGACUAGACUUUAGUCAUUAGUUUGCCAAUCUUCUGCGGAGACGUUCAUGAGAGUUGUAGACACUUACUGUGAGCAAUCCGUCAUUUUGAAGUGAGAUUUCGAUGGUGCGUUGUUUUGGAAUUUUGACAAAUGUAGAACGGUGUUUCGCUGUGAAGGGCGGUGUCACUACGGGUGGAAUACGCGAGUUGUAAUGUGGAAAUAGUCAGGCGCAACUCGUGAAGACGAGGGCAGUCUAAACAACUAGCAGAAGAAGCGAGAGAUCACCCAUCAUGGCACAAGUUUCACCAGCAGUGCAGCGAGAAGCCGAGAACCCACACGACAAUAAUCUGAAAGCCUCUGUGAAAGCAAUUGAGUUCACGGGAGUGCACCACGUUGGCAUGUUAUGUGAAAGCCUUGAGAGGUCGCUCGAUUUUUAUUGUGGUUUACUAGGUCUUGAAAUCAAUCCGACUCGACCUGACGACAAGCUUUCUUUCGGGGGAGUGUGGCUGAAUGUUGGGUCACCAUCUCAAAUGAUACACUUGAUGGAGUUGCCCAACCCGGAUCCCAAAGAAGGUCGCCCGCGGCAUGGCGGAUGUGACCGCCAUGCAUGUUUGUCGGUCCAGGAUGUUGCAAAAGUGAAGGAGUUACUUGAUAAAGCCGGAAUUUCGUAUACAUUCAGCGCAUCUGGAAGACCAGCCAUCUUUACUAGGGAUCCUGAUGGCAACGCUUUAGAGUUUGCCCAGCUUGGUUGAGUUCGAUUACUGACUGGGUAAUGUCUCCAGAGGUUUAGUCAUAGUCAACCGUGAAGAACCUCAACAUUGUGGAGACUGUACACACGGACGUUGCACAGGCUAAGAUUUAAGAUGCAAAUGAAAGCCUAUUUUGAAACAUAUUAUUAGCUUUCUACCUCGACGCAUCAAUCUGCAUCCACCACACAGCAAUUGGAGAACAGGUUACUUUGUUCAAAUUGUGUGAUUCAAGUGAUACAUUUAUAUGUGUAUGUACACAUACACAUACAUAUGUGUACAUAUACACACGUAUGUGCACAUAUACACACACGUAUAAUCAUUUUCUUUAAACAUAUACGAAGGUUUGAAAUUGUCAUGAAUUCUUCAUCAGGUUCUCCACAAUGUGAUUUAAUUUCAAGCACACUAAUAAAUACUCACUUUGCUA